AUGUCGAUUAUUGUAUCCGUCGUAUUUCUGGCAGUCUUAGGGGUCAUAGCUAAGGGCGUGUACAAUGCUUUCUUGCAUCCCCUUCGUCGCUACCCUGGCCCAAAGCUUGCCGGACUUAGCCGUGCUUAUUACCUUUUCUUCGAUGUCCGAGGCGUGAGCCACUGGAAGGUCAAGGACUGGCAUGAGAAGUACGGCGAAGUUGUCCGUAUUGCACCUGGCGAACUGUCCUACGCUUCCGGCCAAGCUUGGCAGCAUAUCUAUGGUUUCCCCAAUAAGGAUGGACUCGGGAACUUUGAGAAAGAUGCGCAAUGGUGGAACAAGAACGUCAACGGCGUCGAAAACAUCCUGACCGCAGACCAUGCGGGCCACAAGCGCAUGCGCCAGCUCCAAAACCCAGCCUUCUCAGACAAAGCCUUGAAGGCGCAGGAGUCUGUCAUUACCGGCUACAUUAAGCUUCUCGUCCAAAAGCUCCAUGAGCAGGCGUCCAGCUCCCCAAAUUCCAUCGUCGACAUGAACUCGUGGUACAACUUCACUACUUUUGACAUCAUCGGAGACCUCGCGUUCGGCGAGCCUUUCUAUUGCCUCCGGGAUGCCAAAUGGCAUUGGUGGCUGCAUGCUGUCUUCGACAUCUUCCAGGCGGGCACUUACUUGCGAGCUGCCCGCCGGUUCCCCUCGCCCCUGUUUGAGAUGCUUCUGCUCCUUAUUCCGCGUCGCCUGAUCAAGACUAGAGUUGCCCAGUUCAAUUUUGGAGUCGAGCGUGUGAACCGAAGACUCGAGCAAAAGAAUGACCGCCCCGACUUCAUGUCCUACAUACUCCAAGGCAGCGAUGAGAAAGCCAUGUCGGUCGAAGAGAUGUACACCGCGGCUCAGGUUCUCAUCGUUGCUGGUAGUGAAACAACGGCAACCGGUCUAACCGCCGCUACCUACCUGCUUUGCGAAAAUCCUCACACUCUGGAAAAGCUCGCCGUUGAGAUCCGUGGCACGUUUAAGAACGAAGAUGACAUUACCAUCCAGAGCACUGCCGGACUGAGCUAUCUUAACGCCGUUGUCGAGGAAGCCCUUCGGCUUGGCCCUCCCGGUCCCGGGACAUUUCCCCGCGUGGUUCCUGAUGGCGGAAGAACAGUCUGUGGGCAAUUCGUGCCUGCUGGAUACUCUGUCGGGGUCCAUCACCUCUCUGUCAACCGCUCACCGGUAAACUUCCGUGCACAUGACGAGUUCCACCCCGAGAGAUGGCUUGGCGACCCGAAGUUCGAAUCCGACAAGAAGUCCGCGGCUCAGCCCUUCUCCUUUGGGCCAAGAAACUGUAUUGGAAAGAACUUGGCUUAUGCUGAAAUCCGCACAAUCCUUGCUCGUGUCGUAUGGAACUUUGAUAUGAAGUUGCAUCCAGACAGCGCAGGGUGGCUUGGUAGGCAGAAGAUGUAUACCACUUGGCAUAAGACCGAGAUGAAGGUCUUUCUAUCUGCAAGGGAAAGGUGA